AUUAAAACAAAAUUUUAUUGUGAUGAAUACUUUGACAACAUAAUUUGAUAAAAUGAAGCUUAUAACUCAUAAUAUGCUCACGUCUAAGUGUUUAAAAGGGGUAAUAACUGGCUACCCCUUGGCUAUAACUGCAACUGUUGUAAAAGUAUCUGAGGUUGAAUAUAAUCCUGAAUUUAUUUCUCGUAUAAUACCAAAGUUAGAUUGGGAAGUAUUGUGGAAAGCGGCUGACAGUAUUGGCCACAAUGAAGGAUUACCACAAACUAUAGACCCCAAGUUCGAAGAUAAUGAAGAGUUUUUAAGGAAAGCUCACAAAGUCUUAUUGGAGGUUGAAGUAGAAGAAGGUUAUCUCACAUGUCCUGAAUCCGGUAGACAAUUUCCAAUUACAAAAGGCAUUCCUAAUAUGUUAUUAACAGAAGCAGAAGUACAAUAAAUGUUAUGUAAAAUAA